AUGUCUUAUUACGUGCCCAACCAGCAAAACUGGAUCUAUGUUCCUGUCGGCUACACUUUGGUACCCAUAAACGGUUAGAGAGUUUGUUGUCGGUUCUUAAAUAUAUUCUUUUCAGCAGUUGAUCAUCCCUUAACUCACAACACUCACUCUGAAAGCCGCAGUCGAUCUCGUAGUCGUUCAUGCGAUUAUUCUUCUUGCUCGUACGGAAGCUGGUCUCGCGACCAUUCGAGAACUCAUUCGCCUCGUUCAACUCGAUCUGGAAGUGCGUAUUCGCCUAGGAGCCGCCACGAAAGUCGCUCGCGCAGGUCGCACCGUCGUUCUCGGAGGCAAGAAUCAAGAACCCGCUACAGUCGGGAUAGAACUAGGCAAAGGCGCUACUCCUACAGCUCUGGUAUUUUGAAUCAAGUAUAAAAGUUGAAUUCGAAAUCUUCAGAUGAAUCAACGACUUCACGUUCUUCUUCGAACUGCAAUGGUCAGUUCAUAAAUUUGAAAUUCCAAUACGAUUUUUUUCAGUUGCCGAUACUUUGCGUUAUCUUGAAAAUAGGUUGCGAUCUCUUGAACAACGCGUCUCGGAACUUGAACAACAGUUUGCUUGAAAAGUAUUCAUCUAUCUUUUAUGGACUUUUCAGGCUCCAAGAAAUAG